AUGCGGACUUCAACCCGACCGACGAGCAUGCGUAUAUAUCUGCAGACAACACAAGAGUUGUUACAAGUGCUUUCAAUCUGUCCCCCAGCAAGCGUCCCGAAAAGGGCGCGUCUACGAAUCCGACCCAAGACUGCAGGAUUGGGUCCCCGUCCGGAUGCCACCAUGGAUGAGGUAGAUGCUCUGGCUACGUCAGUCUCAUCUUUCGACGUUGACCUUGACGAAGUCGUGACAAAACGCAAGCGCUACGAGUCGGAUGAUCCUAUGGAGGUGUGGAAAAGUGUGUCGGGGUUGUUUCUCGACGAAAUCGUACGACACGAUGGUUUGGGUCAGCGAACCCAGUGCGCCGUCUGCCCGACCAAAGUUAACCAGGCCGGCCAGCGCUUUUUUCGAUGCCGACAAUGUGGGGUGCAAAUCUUCUGCGAAAGUUGCGUCAAAAAACAGCACCAAUGGUCACCUUUGCAUACUAUUCAGGAGUGGACUGGGAGCUUCUGGACAGAGGUUUCGCUCUACCACAGUCGAGUGGAGAGCGGGGGGCGCUCAGGCCUUGGCGCUAUGUAUCAACUAGGACAUUCGGGUGCUACAUGUCCCUUCCCUGGUAAUCGGCGGUCAAUGGUUGUCAUCGGCGUCAAUGGAAUCUUUGUCGUUGACAUACAGUACUGCGAUUGCCACAAUACCAAUGGCUCUGACAUGCUGCAGCAACUACUCCGGAAUGGAUGGUACCCAGCGACAACCAUCAACCCAGCGACCUGUGCCACCUUUAAUGUGCUUGAACUGUUUCGUCUGCUCCGCACCAUUGGCAACCUCAAUGUCCAUGACUUCAUGCGGACUUUGGAGAGGUCAGGCGACCCCACCUUAACCUGCGACACUCCUGAUCGGUACAAAGCAUUUGGGCGGAUGGCUCGACAGUUUGAUUUCUUGAAGCGGAUGAAGCGCGGGCGGGUCGCGUCUGAGGCUGAUGGAAUGGCUACAACGCCACCCGGCUCAGGCUUGGGAUAUUUCGUGGAGUCAUCAUCGCACAAGGAUCACCUCCGAAGCUAUGUCAAAGAAAAAGAUGUCAGCUCUUGUGUUGCCUUUGCUGCUCUGCUCCAGAAGGAGACUCGUUUAACGACCGGAUUGCGUGUUUCUGGGGUUGCCGGAUGUGUUUGUGCCCGUCAUGGGCUGGUGCGAGCUCGAGGACUAGGAGAUCUACAAAAGGGAGAACGGUAUGCAAAUGUGGAUUGGAUUGUGGCAUGCACACUCUGGACCGAGCGGUUAAUGGAGUAUGGCUUCGCCUAUGACAUCGUUUGCCAAUGGAUGAUAAAUUUCUUCAAACGGCUGGCCAAAAUUCGCGAGGGGUCGGCGGAUACAACCACGCUUACUACCGAUUUCGACGACCUGGAGGUGGUUUUUGGCGUGCCUGUCUGGCAUGCAGGUGCGCACGAUCUUCAAUGUAGAGCACAUCUUGCUCUGGCUUAUCUCUUGGGCAUGGGAAAGACCGAUGGAGAGGCGAUGGAAAGGAUAUGGGCUAGUUUGAACCCCGCCAGCUGGGCUACGAAGGAAAUGGGCGAAGGAGGUCGACACGAUGUAUUGGAGGACAAGGUGGAUCAUCUUAAUUUCGAGAAAAAUCUGGGACUAGGAAGGGUGUUGUCUCGCAAACUCAUCGUCGCCAUCUCGAACGCCGGCGUCAAGGCAACGAAUUUGCGGAAUUCGACCAAAGCAUCAACAAAGUCAAGCGAAAACAAUGGCGAACUCUCAUGGACAACUGGUAUAAAGACACGACCCAACCAAAUCCGUUUGUUCUGCAGGGUGGAAACGCUGGUCAGUGGCUGGACUUGGCUGCAUGUUUCGGCUAAUGAACGACGAAAACCAGCUGGCCCUACCGAGCGGGAAAUUGUGCAAGACUUGAAGAAGGAAGAGCUUGAGGAGGUCAGGGCUGGCCGAAUUCCUGUCUUAGAAGGCAAGAUGACGGUUGUGGCUUUCAUCAAAGCGGGCCUUCAAUUGCAAAACUUGCAGAGGCGAAUCCGUGCGGCUCUGAAAAACAAGUCCUUGACAGCUGACCGUGCAAGUCAGAUUCAAGAGCUGCGACUAUCUCUCGUCAAACAAACACAGGCUUUCCAAAAGCUGCAAUUAACUUACAUGCCUGGGGUCGAGGGCUUGCGUCAAGCGGACGAUACAAAACGCAACCCAGAUCAACCGACUCCGCCACCAGAAGACACGAAGCUUUACCUGCCGUCAGACCUCACACAUACUGAGCGUUUGCAGGCAUGCGUCCAACGCGUUGUUGACACCGAGGUCAACCUUCGCCGUGGUCAAUGUACCGAUGCUUUGGUUGCCCUGCGGGCAAAACUCUUCGCCCAGACGCAUAUGAUCUGGUUUCGCGAUCGCAAUCUUGUGGGUCAAAAGGCGCGGACUCGGUCAGUAACACUUAUGGGGCAAGCGAUCGUGAAGCUAAAAGGGCCCGCCUUUGCCCCGGAGUUUCAGAAGCUGGAAGAUGCAGAUGUGAACUGCCGAGUUGUGGAAGAGAACGACAUUGAAGCAGCCCAACGGCUUAGAGGUGCCGAUGGUUCCAGAGGUGCUCGAAGCGAACCUAGUACCAAGCGCCUUCGCGGAAAAGUGUCUUGGAUUUGGCAGGCCGAAAUCGGAAGCGAAGCCGAAGAAAUGCAUGAUGCUGUUCGUGUGGAGUGGUCAAAAGCCAGGGCUCGUCGCGCGCGUUGGAACGAAGAAGUCGAACUCAUCCGUGAAGAAAUGAAACGUGUUUUGCGUUCAUUGCGGUUUGCGCAGAGAACGAAGGUGGCGAAUGGUCUUGUGGCGUAUGCUCUUCGCCAGGUGGAGCUACACAAACGAAUAGCUGAAGGGUUCUACACCGAGUGGCGGAAAUCAGUUUCGGAUGCGGUGAAAGAGGUUAUGGCUCAAGAUGGGGCUCUGUAUCGACAUUUGCUGGAUGGAGACUCAGAGAAUAUCGGUGAAAACCGGGUUCUCUUUGAGUUUCGCUUUCAAAUGGCGCAAGUCGUCGACGCAGCCGAGAAGGCGGAGGACAAAGCCCACGCUUGGCGGGUUGCAUGGCGCUGGAUUAAGGUCUUCUUCGUGGAGCAUACACCGAAGAUGCUUGACCCCGUGGCUUCGAACUCCUUGGUCAACGCCACCAGGGAAGCCGAACGCCAAAAACAAACGGAAUAUGUUAUGGCAUGGGAGAUGUUGCUACUAAUAAACGCAGACGACGAUUGUGUCACCACACCAGACGCUAAAGCUAUAUGGCUGAACAUCUGCGAAUGGCAGGAGUGUCUGAUAAAGGAGGGGCACUAUCUCCAACUGCAAUCGAAACAUUUUUCCAGUGAACUACCCGGGCCGAGCGCUGCCAAUACUAACAACUCCGAACCUCUCGUUGGCUUGCGCUACGCGGAGGCUGACGAAAUACAGGUAAUAACCAGGAAUGCUGUGCUUUCCUUGACGAAGAUCUCUGCUGUGCUUACCUGGGCUCUUGAACACGCCUUUGGCCCGCUGUGUCGCUACCUCAUCGAGGACAUGUUGCUUGUGCAAAGGUUGUCGCAUUCGACCACCUGGAAUCUAACACCCAACCGUCGGGCUGACGUAUUCUAUCUCGCAUUGAGGUCUCUGGAAGCGCUCGGUGCUUUCGACAAGAAGAACUUCGAAAAUGCAAAUUUCGUCAAUCGCAUCGGAGCUCGACAAACGGCGCAGAUUCUGAUGCUCUCUCUGGAUAUAACGAUAAAAGUCUGUGGCCUGAAGGACUCGCCCUUCCAUUGGGCAUUACCAGUCAUGUCAGUGGAUUCCCUCAACUUCCUCUACCGAUUCUACAAGAGUGAGGAACUGAACGCCGCCUUGCACGUCGAGCUGAGGCGGAAGGGAGUAUAUGGGAUGCUGAUCGACUUAUUGGCCACUCUCUUGACGAUCGACGAUUUCACGGAACUGACGGGAAACGCUGACUGGGGCGAUGGAUAG